GCCGCCGCCUCAUCAAACCACUCGACUCGACUCGCGCAAACCCCAGUCAGAGUCAGACAGAGAGAGGUUGGCGGCGGCGGCGGCGCGAUGGACUCCCCCUACGCGCUCCACCUCGCCGUCGCGGCGCUCGUCGGCGCCUCCUUCGCCGCGGCCUCUGCCUACUACAUGCACCGCAAGACCCUCGACCAGCUCCUCCGCUUCGCCCGCGACCAACGCCGCCGCACCCGCCUCCCCCCCGAUGGCGGAGCCCACGACUACGACCUGGAGGAUGCCGAAGAGGACCAAGACCACACUCCGCCGCACAGGGAUCACGAUCGCCGCACCAUGCCCAUCCCGCCGGGGCUCCCGCCGCUCCACACCGGCCGAGAGGGUAGGCCAGUAAUAUCUCCAGGUUCAACUAAAAGAGUUGGCGCUAUUGUUAGACCGACUACACCAAAAUCCCCUGUCCCUAUUGUCAGUUCGUUUGAGAGAAUUGAAGAUUCGGAUGAUGAGGAGGAGGAUCUUGUUCCAGAUGCCAAGAAUGAUGCUGCUUACUUGACCACAAAUGGCACUAUUGAAUCCGAGCUCCUUCCAGAUAAAACAAGCCAGAACGGGGAGUUAAAAACAGUACCAUCAACACAGAUGAUUAGAUCCCAUAGUGCAACUGGCAGUCUGCAUGCGCCCCAGCUUAACCCAAUAGCAGCUGAUAUACUUCGAAAGGAGCCUGAGCAUGAAACCUUCAGUAAGAUCAACAUCACAGCUGUUGAGACUCCUUCUCCUGAUGAAAUUGAAGCAUAUAAAGUUCUUCAUAAAUGUCUUGAGCUGCGUGAGAGAUACAUAUUCAGAGAAGAAGUUGCUCCUUGGGAGAAGGAAAUCAUAACUGAUCCUAGUACUCCAAAACCUAACCCGAAUCCAUUCAAUUAUGAACAUCAGGCUAAAACUGAACAUCAUUUUGAGAUGGUUGAUGGUGUCGUUCAUGUAUACCCCAAUAAAGAUUCUAGAGAAAGACUCUAUCCUAUUGCUGAUGCAACUACUUUCUUUACUGAUAUGCACUACAUCCUCCGUGUAUUGGCUGCUGGGGAUAUCCGAACUGUGUGUCACCACCGUUUAAAUCUUCUAGAGCAAAAAUUUAAUCUCCAUUUGAUGGUCAAUGCGGAUAGAGAACUGCUUGCUCAGAAAGCUGCACCGCACCGGGACUUUUACAAUGUUCGGAAGGUUGAUACUCAUGUUCAUCACUCCGCAUGCAUGAACCAGAAGCAUUUGUUGAGAUUUAUCAAGUCAAAGUUGAGGAAGGAACCUGAUGAGGUCGUAAUCUUUAGAGAUGGGACCUAUUUGACUCUUAAGGAGGUUUUCGAGAGUUUGGACUUGACUGGGUAUGACCUCAAUGUUGAUCUCUUAGAUGUCCAUGCGGAUAAGAGUACAUUUCACCGUUUUGACAAGUUCAAUCUGAAAUACAACCCAUGUGGCCAAUCUCGCCUGAGGGAGAUCUUCUUAAAACAGGAUAAUCUUAUUCAAGGUCGCUUCCUUGCUGAGCUCACAAAAGAAGUGUUUUCUGACCUUGAAGCAAGUAAAUAUCAGAUGGCUGAGUAUCGGAUAUCUAUUUACGGGAGGAAGAAAAGUGAAUGGGACCAGAUGGCUAGUUGGAUAGUGAACAAUGAGUUAUACAGUGAGAAUGUUGUUUGGUUAAUUCAGAUUCCUCGGAUAUACAAUGUAUACAGGGAGAUGGGCACAAUCAAUUCAUUCCAAAACCUCCUUGACAACAUUUUUCUCCCUCUUUAUGAAGUAACUAUUGACCCUGCUUCACAUCCUCAGCUCCAUGUUUUCUUAGAACAGGUUGUUGGGUUGGAUUUGGUGGAUGAUGAAAGCAAACCUGAAAGGCGCCCAACAAAACAUAUGCCAACACCUGAGCAAUGGACUAAUGUUUUCAAUCCGGCCUAUGCAUAUUAUGUGUACUAUUGUUAUGCCAAUCUGUACACACUGAACAAGCUUCGUGAGUCCAAGGGCAUGACAACAAUCAAACUUCGUCCACACUGUGGUGAGGCUGGCGAUAUCGAUCAUCUUGCUGCAGCGUUCCUUACUUCACAUAAUAUUGCUCAUGGGGUUAAUCUUAGGAAAUCCCCUGUUCUUCAAUACCUGUAUUAUCUUGCUCAGAUUGGUCUUGCAAUGUCUCCUUUGAGUAACAAUUCGUUGUUUAUUGACUAUCACCGGAACCCUUUCCCUACAUUUUUCCUAAGAGGACUUAACGUGUCUCUCUCAACUGAUGACCCUUUACAAAUUCAUCUGACAAAGGAACCUUUGGUUGAAGAAUACAGUAUCGCUGCUUCGCUUUGGAAGUUGAGUUCGUGUGACUUGUGUGAAAUAGCAAGGAAUUCUGUGUAUCAGUCCGGUUUCUCUCACAGGCUCAAGUCCCAUUGGAUCGGGAGAAACUACUACAGAAGGGGUCCUGAGGGCAAUGACAUCCACCAAACAAAUGUUCCUCACAUCAGGGUUGAAUUUCGACACACGAUUUGGAAAGAAGAAAUGGAGCUAAUACAUUUAGGAAAUGUUAAACUACCAGAAGAAAUUGACAAAUGAAGACUUGAGAGAACGCUGAUGCCAUGGCGUCCAGUCCAGACUGGUGCGUAUUUGCCUGGUUGGAAACCUUGCAAGAAGCUGCAAGUCUAUGCAGCCUGUCCGCAGUUGCAAGGGAGGAGAAAAGGUGUCAAGAUGAUCCGACUUUUUGAUGAAUCUCUUAUUUUCUGGGUAGGAUACGGUUGCCGAAUAGGAUUAUGUGAUGAUAUGUAGUACCAGGGCCUCCCAGUAUACCAAGUCUGGUGUGAGGGUGGUACCAUUGAAUAAGGGACUUCAAAUCCUCGAGGAGAUUGAUGAUGAUAGUUAAAAGUUAGAAUAUCGAGGAGGUGACCUUGUUGAAUUAGAAUGUGUCAUGACAAAUGAGGUGGCACGCCUGAUGUACGUUCUUAUAUACAGUGGCUAUAGUGGCGGAGGUAGGAUUGAGCUCCACGAGGGGCUCUCCUGUUCUUCCUCCUUUCGUCUCAUCUUCCCUGGAAGAGCUCGAAUGGCUUUAUGGGAUUUCCAGUGGUAGGAA